AUGGUCUGCUUCGAAAGGAUUAUAUUCAGUGCCUUCGUUGCGCUCUCUACCCUCGUCGAGGCGCACCCCGGCCAUGAUGUGAAUGCUGAGGCCAGUGAGCGUGCUACUGCUUUAAAGGGUAAACGCGGCCUCGCUGAGUGCUCGGAUACACUCAAGAUCCGUGGCUUUGAGGCGAAGAACAUCGCUCGACGAGAGCUUGCUGUUCAGAAGCUUCGUCGAAGCCUUGCCAUCAAGAAAGAAGUGCCGACGCUGGAAGAUCGAGACUUGGGCUCCCUGAACACCAGCCAUCAUUCUUCUUUAGAUGUCAACUUUGACACAGAUCCCGAGGUUCUAUUCGCAUCAAAUGCAACUUGUAUCCUCGGGCCCGAUGUCACACAGGGCCCAUACUAUGUGACCGGUGAACUUGUUCGUGAGAAUAUUGUGGAAGAUCAGACCGGCGUUCCCUUGUACCUCGACAUUCAACUUGUCGAUUCUUCUACUUGUGAGCCAGUUUCUGGAUCAUAUGUCGACAUUUGGCACUGCAACUCAACUGGUGUCUAUUCCGGAAUUGUUGCGAACGGAAAUGGAAAUAGUGCUGAUAGCUCCAAUAUAAACACAACUUUCCUCCGUGGCAUUCAGCAGACUGACGACGACGGUGUCGUCAAAUUUGAGACACUAUUCCCCGGUCACUACACUAGCCGUGCUACCCAUAUCCAUGUGCUCAGCCACCCCACGAACGAAACGACCCUUCUAGCUAACGACACCAUAUCUGGACUCUACACCUCGCAGGCAUCACACGUCGGCCAGCUCUUCUUCGACCAGGACCUCAUCUCUGAGGUUGAAAGCACUUCUCCCUAUACCACUAACACUCAGACGCUGACGGAAAAUUCCGACGAUAGCAUUCUUCUUCAAGAAGCGGACGAGAUUGAUCCAUUUGUCGAUUAUGUUUACUUGAAUGACGAUGAUAUAUCCGACGGUAUUUUUGCCUGGAUUUCGCUAGCGAUUGAUUCUUCUGAGGAUACUUCUAUUACUCCAGCUGCUUAUCUAACUGCUUCUGGUGGGGUUUCGAACUCCGAUAGUGGUUCUGGAGGUCCUGGAGGCUCUGGAGGCCCUGGUGCACCUGGAGGUUCUGGGGGACCUUAG